CCGCCAACCCGACACCGAUUUGACUUGUAAUAUGUAAAUCAGUGAUAGGCAAGAGUACAGUGGCUUUCGUGUUAGAAAACAUAAUAGACAGACACUGAAUAUACAACAAGCAAAAAGCUCUUAAUCUCAAUUAUGUGCAUGUUUGUUUAUCCUAGAAUUUAGUGUAUGAAGGAUUCCAACGGACUCUCACUGACCCGGAAGUGAGGCAGCAGUGCGGUGAGAGCAGAGUGCCCCCCAUAGAGGUGAGAGCAGAGUGCCUCCUGGUGUAGCGCGAGCAGCGUGCCUCCCGGUGUGCCUCCCUUGUGAUGCCAGGCAGGAGGUGAGGAGGCGGAGGAUGGAAGGUAGAGCGAGGAUCUCCGGCCGCCAUGGUGCCGCCCGGGUCCCGCUGUAGCACGUGCAUUCCUCUCACUUGAGCUGUCUUAGAGUAGCAUCCCGCGUCGCCUCCGCACCUCCUCACCACCGCCAUGGAGCCCCACCGGAGCGGGGGGGACCUGGCGCCGCUGCAAUACAACCAGCGGUCUUCGCGGUCGCUGGGUCGGUGCUCCCUUUGCUGCUCCCGCCUCGCUGCCAUGCUUUGUUCCAAUGUGGGCGUGUGUGUUCUGGUGCUCCUAUACACUAUUGCCGGCGCGUUCGUGUUCACCACAAUCGAGGGCGGCGACAUGGCCCUCCAGAUCGAGCAGAGGCCUCCGCCGCCCCGGGAGUCCGCCGUGAUGGAUUCCCUGCGGCAGCACGCUCGAGGUCUUCGCCACGAAACGGUGGAGCGCCUGUGGACAAUAACGGAAUCCCUGAACAUCCUUUACCGCGAGAACUGGACCAGGGUGGCCGAACAGGAGCUCAUCAAAUUCAGCGAGAAGCUUAUCACCAGACUGCACGAGGACGAGCCGUCGCCGCAGCCCGCGCCCACCACGGCCCACGCCUCGUACCAGUGGACCUUCGCGGGCUCCUUCCUCUACUCGCUCACCGUCAUCACCACGAUAGGUUACGGCUCGGUGGCGCCCCAGACCGUCAUGGGAAGAAUAGUUACAAUAGUGUAUGCUCUCCUGGGGAUCCCCCUCAUGCUGCUCUACCUGUCUUCCGUGGGAGACCUUCUGUCGCGGGCCCUGAAGUGGUUGUGGUGGCGGAUGUGCAGGUGUCGCCGUCGGCCGCAGGUGCCCCGGACCAGCCACCCCGCGGCCUCGCCCUACACCAGCGUCGACCCCGCCAAGCGAAAGUGGAGCAGCGAGUGCGGCGGCGACGGCAGCAGCGUGGGCGAGGAGUUCGUGGAGGGCGACGCAGGCGCCGUGCCCGUCACUCUCUGCCUCGUGCUCAUGAUCAGCUACAUUUGCGGAGGAGCCGCUGCAUUCGCCUACGCCCACCAGUGGUCUUUCCUGCAUGCCAUCUACUUCUGCUUCUCGUCCCUCACCACAAUCGGCUUCGGUGAUCUUGCUCCUGAAACCACGCCCAAUGUCGAUACGGGUGUCCAGAUGGCGCUCCUGGGCGCGGCACUCUACCUACUGGUUGGCAUGGCACUCAUUGCCACCUGCUUCAACCUCAUGCAGGAGCACAUGACCAACCGUGGCUAUGGUCUUGGGCGACGCCUCGGCAGCCUCAUGGCUACAAGCAGCAGUGGCAGCAAUCACCGCUUUCACCUGGAUGAUACCUGACAUAUGGAGACGGUGGCACUCUUCACCUAUGGUUCGGGCUGCACCCCCAAGCACUCAAGCAGCAAGCCCUCCACGCUGCCGCAGCCCUGCUUGGUCAACACCAGCUGCAGCCUCGCCAACAGCACCAACGCUCGGCCUCUUAACUCCAGCCUGACGAAUACCAUCUACAAGGUCACACCUGAUGAAGACAAGCUCGUGACCCCCAACAACACCCUGGGCAGCAUUCCCCGGACCGGCAGCCCCCUACAGUCCCCUGCCGACCUGGCCACCAGCCCAGCCAAGGCCAACAACGGCAGAGAUAAGUGUGACACGCUGUACGGCACACUCCGAAAGGAGCUGCCGCCCACCCUAAAGGCCGUGCCUCCGCCCACCAUCCCUCCCUCAUCCAUUACGCCCUCACAGACGCCCAUGCUAUCUACGCGUACCAAAAAGACGGUAACAAUCUGCGACUCGGCCGACAUCGGGAGGGCAGUCAGUCCCCUUUCCCCGGAGAGGAUAUGACACGGCCAAUGAUCGGUUGCCUCGUACCUGUAUUAGGGGCCGUGAGGCUUGGGAACGCCUCCACGACUGUGACAAAGUCGUAGGAAACCAGACACUCUUCAUAUAAACAGUCUGCUCCACGUUGUAUUCAGACAGGGAUUCUGAUCUUCACGUGAAGUGACAAAACAAAGUUUGAUGUGUGAUUCGUUUAGUUCUAUACUGAUGGCACAGACGGCCGAUGUUCCGCUUGUCAGCAAGCGGAAUGUAAUCGUAUAUCUGAAAAUAAGUUAUUAAUACAUAUAACGUGAAACUGUGGCUCAUUAUUGACCUGUACUGGCACUGCCCGACAAGGGAUGCCAGGAAGAUUCCCCCAGCUAUGGAGGACGUGAGUCAAAAGACGUGUGUGUGUUUGUGUGUGUGUGAAUAAUAAAAGCUGUCCCUUUGUAUUGUUCAUGUCUCCUCUAUGUUCCAAGGCUGUAUAUCUUGUAUUUUUACAUCUGUGUAAGAGGUCCAAAAGAAAAAUAAAGAUUUAAACAAAAGAAAUAUAUAUAUAUACAUAUGUAUAGAGGCAUCAGUGUGACUACAUUUAUUGUAGGUGCCGGACUGUUGAUAAUGCUGUGCGGUUCUUGCUUGCAUUACGAGGGAAAGUUUUUUAGCUUGUUAGAGACGGGUUUGAGAUACAUUAUAAAAUUGUAAUAUCUAUUUCGCAAUAUCAUAUUGUGAUUUUAUAAGAGGAUUACUGUUUCAGUGUUCUUUUUUGUAUAUUACUCAGAGGUAUAAAGAAUUCUAAAUCUCAUUUCCUUUAAAUUAUUAAUGAUACAGAAAGUUAUUUACCAAAGUUCUGACUGAUGGUGACAUUCUGGAGAAAUGUCCACAGUUGUUGAAGAGAGAUUCGAAUGUCACCGUGGUGAUGUUUCGGAAUUCCUAGGUGUACCAGCUUCAAUCUGAUGAUUAUAGUAGAAGUUUAUUUUACAUAUAGAGACCAUAUCCCAAUGAUGCCGCGAAAAAAACGACAAAUCAGAUGACAAACUUCUUACAAGAAAAACUUUAGUCUGCAGCUUGAAAAAUGUUUCUACCUUUCUCUCUUUUUUUUUUUUUUUUUUUUUUUUACUUAUUUUUUGGUGACAGGGUUGUUCAGAACAAAGCGAUGGUUGGGAAGCAAUGUAUUGUAGUUUAAUACAGCAAAUAAAGAUGAAGAUUUGCGAUUUCAAUGAAACCAAAAAAGGAAAUCUGGCUAAAUACAAACAUCAAACAAAUAUCACGAAAGUAUAUGGCUGUUCGAAGGGGUCUCCAGUGAGGCUGAAUAUGGUGCGCGCAGUGCAGUGACUAUACUUUGCGGUUUGUGUGCAGUGGGUGAUAUCUUCUCCACGAUGUGUAAAUGUGACAUUGAUGUUGUCACUGCUUGUUACAAGUGUGUAGCUAUGGCUCGUAAAAACAGGCUAAGUUUCAAGAGUGGUUGUUACCAAGUAGUGAGGCGAAGUUGAAUAUGCGAGGCAGCAGUAUGUUGUUCAGAUCAUGCGCAGUUGCGUUAAGUGUCAUGUACAAGGUGGCUGGUACUGCCUAUCGCAUUUAGCUGCAUUGCUGUUCCCGGAAAUGCCAGUGCACCUGUUAUUUGUGGGUACGUCGCCAAGAGCACAACUGCCUUUAAAAGUGUUAGGUGCGGAUAUGUAGCUAUGACUGGUACUGUAAAGUGAAAGUCUGCUGCGAAAUUUAUCUUCAGAUGGGUAUCACCAAAUGAGUAUCAAGUAAUAAAGAUCCGAACGUUAUUUUUAUCACUAUAGCCAUUUAUUUACAUUUGGCAUGGAGAGGCGUAAAUGUAUACUAUAACCAGGUAUGUAUCAGAUAUACAACCAGGUAACCAAGUGUGAACCGUGACAUAGCUGGAUAAGUAUUUUAACCAGAUGUGUACAUGUUAUAUACACGUAUGUGAUCAUACAUUUGUAUGUCCCAGAGCAUUGUCUGUAUGCACACGCAACACAAGAUAUGGCUGUGUGUGCGUGUCAUAUAAGCCAAGCUAGCGAUGGUAAACCGAGUGCAGCUGUGUUCAGCUAGUUCUUAAAGACCAUUUUCAGAGAGCUAGAUGAAGUGCGAUGAUAUGAGAGUUCGAGUCGCAGAGCAGCGCGCCGGAGCUCCUGUAGGUGCAGCUGCGCUUGACGCCAGUCUUGGUGAAGGUGACAACUCAGAUGUUGCUUUGCUCCAGCGGAACUUUCCCGGGUUUAGGUUAUUCAUAGAAAGAUAUUGUAAUUGUUUCGAUGUUUAAUGCAUAAUAAUCUUUCUGUACUUGGAAUUGCCAAAAGUAGUCUAAAUAAAUUAUUGAAUUCGU